AUGAUACUGAAUGCAUCAAGAAUCAUACAUCGUCAGGUGUUAACCCGAAGUGUUAUCGGGCAGGUUCCUGUCCGCUUUCUCAACCUUCAUGAAUAUCAGUCGGCGGAAGUCAUGAGAAAGUUUGGGGUGAAUACGCCUAAGGGAGGAGUUGCUCACACUCCAGAGGAGGCCGAACAAGUGGCAAAAUCCCUCUCGAGUGACAACAUGGUGAUCAAGGCGCAAGUUCUGGCAGGAGGACGUGGUCUAGGAACGUUCAAGAACGGAUUCAAGGGUGGAGUGCACGUUGGGGUGAAAACAGCUGGUGAAAUCAAGGACAUGGCUUCUAAGAUGCUCGGUCAACUGCUGGUGACAAAGCAAACGGGGGCUGCGGGACGUAUUUGCAACACUGUUGCUGUUGUUCAAACCAUCCAAACCAAGUCUGAGAAGUACUUUGCGAUUUUGAUGGACCGGUCAUAUGGAGGCCCUGUCAUUGUAGCCAGUGCAAAAGGUGGUGUCACUAUCGAGGACAUUGCUGCUGCAGAUCCUAGCGCGAUCAUCAAAGAGCCUGUGGACAUCGACACUGGAUUGAAGCCUGGCCAGGCAGAAGCUAUUGCUAAGAAGAUGAACUUCAGCUGCGAGAAAGCUACCAACAUGGCCGCCAAUCAGAUUAAGGCGCUCUACGACACUUUCAUCAAGUGUGAUUGCACAAUGGUCGAGGUCAAUCCCUUCACAGAGACUCCUGAUGGCGAGAUCGUCUGUGUUGAUGCCAAGGUCAACUUCGAUGACAAUGCCGAGUUCAGGCAGAAGGACAUUCAUGCCCGGCGCGACAUCACCCAGGAGGAUCCGCUCGACGUGGAGGCAGCCAAGUUCGACUUGAACUUCAUCAAUCUCGAUGGCAACAUCGCAUGCCUCGUCAACGGCGCUGGACUGGCCAUGGCCACCAUGGACAUCAUCAAGCUGCACGGAGGAUCCCCUGCCAACUUCCUCGAUCUUGGUGGCUCCGUAAAGACCCCGCAGGUCGUCGCAGCCUUCCGCAUCCUCAACUCAGACCCCAAGGUCCAGGGCAUCCUCGUCAACAUCUUCGGCGGCAUCGUUAACUGCGCGACCGUUGCUCAGGGCAUCGUCGACGCUGCCAAGGAGGUCUGGGGAGGCUCUCCCAAGGUUCCACUCGUCGUCCGCCUGCAGGGCAACAACGUUGAAGGAGCCAUGGAGCUGAUGAAGAACUCUGGGAUCAAGUGCAUCCUCGGCGAGGACCUCGAUGAUGCUGCAACCAAGGUGGUGGCUGCUGUGUCUAAGUAGAUCCCUCCGUCCUAUCCUCCAACGUCUCCCUCAUCCAUCUUUUAGUCGAACAAAGAUAAGCAGCAAGA